AUGGGCUGUCUCGAUGGACAAACGGCGCUGAUUACCGGCGCUUCAAUGGGCAUCGGCGAGGCAAUAGCCCUUGCCCUCGCCAAGGAGGGCGCCAACCUCAUCCUCAUUUCUCGAAGCGAGGACAAACUGCUCGAAGCACAGGCGAGAAUCAAAGAGCAAGCGUCGAGCGUACGGACCUUGAUUCAAGCCGUCAACAUCCAAGAUGCCGCCGCCGUCGACAAGGCAGUCGAAGUUGCCGUGGCCAAGUUUGGCCAGAUUGACAUCCUCGUGAACAACGCCGGUCUCGCACUCGGAGCCCCCGCGCGUUUCUGGGAACUCCCCAUCGCCACAAUCGACCAAAUGAACGGCACCAACGUCGCCGGCGUCAUGUACACGACCCACUCCGUCCUCAACCGCACCAUGUGGCCCCGCAAGACGGGCACCAUCCUCAACGCCGUCUACCACGCCAACAAGGCCAGCCUAGAGGCCUUCUCCAACAGCCUGCGCAUGGAGACGGCCGGCUCCGACAUCCGCGUCCUGGUCCUGCGGCCGGGCUGCGUCGCCACCCACUUCCACCUCCAGCGCGUCGAGUACGACAAGGACGCCAUGGACGAGUUCUUCUACGGGUACGAGCCCCUUGUGCCCGAGGACCUGGCGGAGGCCGUCAUCUUCAUGGUGGGGAGAGUGGGGCGCACGUCCAUCAAGGCGCUGGAUUGUGUGCCGACGGCGCAGAGGGGCUUACGCGGUUUGAUCGGGAGUGGAAUGAGAGGCGUUCAAGGGAGUAGGAUAACGAAAACUACAAAGGUGAAGGAAAAAUGA